CGCAGGGCGGCGGCGGGAGCGGCGCGGAGGAUGCGCUGAGCGAGCGCGGGAGCGGCGCGGCCGCGGCGCAGGCAUAUUACACCAGAAUUCCAGAUGAGAGGACGAGGACUAUGAGUGAAGAGUGCCCUGGAGAUCACAUGCAGUUCUUUUCCUGGGUUAUAGAACUGGAUUGAUCUGAGAACAGUAAUUAUGAGGCUGACAUGUAUGUUCUCCUUCAUCUUGCUGUUUGGAGCAGUUGGGCUCGUGGUCUUCAUUCACCUGCAGGAUCCAGAAGAAAUAGUUCAUCAGCAGACACCAGGAAUAAAAUCUAACGUGGGAUUCCAGCAACCAAAAAAACAGGACUGUGUUUCCAGCAAUAACCAGGAUAGAAGAUUAAGAAAAAAUACUGCAGACAGAGCAGCAACAGUUAAGCAGAGCGAUUCAUUAGAGCCAUCUGAAAGUGUGCCCACCAAGCUUCAAAGCACCGACAGAAGGCAAAGCAGCAUCAUGUUUGCUAUGAAAGAUCAACAGAAAGGUGAAGAAAUUAAUUCCAUCAAGCUCCAUAAACGCAGGAGGAGAUUUAUAAUUAAAAAGAGUCCAAUUCUGAUUUCCAUGAACAGCUCCAUUCUCAACCUGCCCACACUCAAAUAUGAGGAUAGAAACAACAGCAAGUGGAAAAGUCUCUAUGAGAUCCAAGGAGAAAGGAAGCGGAUUAUGAGGGAAACUUGUUCCAAAUACAAGAGUAACAACAGAAGAAUAAUCACUCCUUACCACGUGUCCAGGAUAUUUGUAGAGGAUAAAUACAGGGUUCUGUACUGUGAGGUGCCAAAAGCUGGCUGCUCCAACUGGAAGCGGGUGCUGAUGGUGCUCAACGGGCUGGCCUCCUCCACCAAGGACAUCCAGCACAACACUGUGCACUAUGGCAACUACCUGAAAAGGCUGGAUGGCUUUGACCACAAGGGAAUCUACCACAGGCUCAGCACCUACACAAAAAUGCUGUUUAUUCGUGAGCCCUUUGAAAAGCUGGUGUCUGCGUUUCGGGACAAGUUUGAACACCCAAACAACUACUACCACCCGGUCUUUGGGAAAGCCAUCAUCGCCAGGUACCGUGUCAAUGCCACCAAAGAAGCUCUAAGGACAGGCUCUGGAGUCAAGUUCAAAGAGUUCAUUCAGUACCUGCUGGAUGUACACAGGCCAGUGGGGAUGGAUAUACACUGGGAUCAUGUCAAUAGGCUGUGCAGCCCGUGUUUAAUAGACUACGACUUUGUUGGGAAAUUUGAAAGUAUGGAAGAAGAUGCAAACUUUUUCUUGCACUUAAUUGGUGCUCCACAAAAUUUAACUUUCCCCAAGUUUAAAGAUCGUCACUCCAAUGAAGAAAGAACUACCACUAAAAUUACACAACAGUAUUUUGCACAGCUUUCUCCUUCUCAACGACAACAAAGCUAUGACUUUUACUACAUGGAUUACUUGAUGUUCAACUACUCCAAACCUUUUGAAGAUUUAUAUUAAUUUGAGGGCCUGGAUAUUUCCACAGUCACAUCAGUUGAAUAGUGUGACAAAUCCAGGUGACAUCUGUUUAUAUAUACUUACCUGUUAGCAAAGAAUUGGUUGAAGAGCAGGGAAAAACACAAACCAGAAUAUAAACAGAUGUUUACACCUUCACCUUAAUUGCCUCCUUUUUCAAAUCAUAUUUUUUUCUAUAAUUUCUCCACAUGAAAUGUAUGUACAUAUAUGUAUAAUAUGUCAGGGUUCCCAAAUAAAGCACAGAAUUUUCCAGGCUGGUGUGGCCUGUGUUUGCACUUGGGGGUGUUUGAAAUGAGGGGAGCACAGCUGGCAAUUCUGAAGUGCAGCCAGUACUUCAAGCUCUUUGCUGUUCAGAAAAUCAGUCUUUAAGUGAUGGAGCAGCAAGAAGGGAAAUACACUGAGAAAUACUUACAGUUUGUUGAAACACACAAGGCACAAAGCCAUUCACGGGCCCCAGUGUUUGGAGGUGGAUGUUGAUCACUGAUUCCUGAUUUUCUUAAGUUUGUCAGGGAGAAAAAGUCUAAUCAAACUCACACUGUUCAUAAACACACUGGUGAAAACAACUGAUACUUAAUGACCAUGUGAGAGCAGUAUUAAACCAGAUGUUGCAAUUCUGAGUGAGGAUGUGUUCUCCCCCUUCAAUAUUUCCCUUAUGGCACGUUCAUCUGCAAAAAGAUAAAAUGCAGGAGAACAUUUGCAUCUUUAUAAGUGUUAUUAAAAUUCUUUUAAUCCUUUGCAUUAACAUAAAUCUCUGGUUUAAUCUUCAUAGUCACCAGGAAUAUCAAAUCUUUCCAUCAUAAUAACAAGCAAGAAUAAAUGCCACUUCCUGCCCAACAGGGUAGUUCUUUUCAUUGCUGCAAACAAUUUUCACUUGCUUAUUUUAGUAACAAUUAUAUCUGACUUAACAUGCAAAAAAUAUUCCAGGUGUUUUAGUUCAAUUUCUGUGUUUGAAAGGACUUUCUCAUCUCUACCAGAGUGUCUUGUGAGAAUAAAAUACUUGGCUUUC